UUAGAGGUCAGAAACUGAGACCGACUCCCCGUUUACCGUUUCUUUACGGUUCUGCUGUUGCAUCCCGGGACAAUGUGACCCUGUACGGAUCACCUUCAUUAGCUAGUUGGAAACCGUUACGAAAGUUUUGUUCGGUCGACGUGCACGGUUGAGCGUUUCAAGAGAAGUGCCCACAUAGCGUCCCCUGCUGCGUUACAGCUACCCAUUUAGACGGCUGCGGCUUGCCACAGCAGCGGGAGUCCCUACACCGCAUCGUCAAGUGCCGCCUACCUCUCCCCCUCCCCGGCAGCUCCAUCGAGCCAUGCGACAGUGGUGCCUCCCGGCUGCGGCACCGCGAACCGAGCCUCUGCCCACAGGGCGCCUCUCAUCCCCGCUGUCAGAUGCCAGGAUGGAGUGUUGUGAGGUGGAGCCACGCUAUACCAUCGAGCAGAUCGACCUCCUUCAGCGUCUCCGUCUCUCAGGGAUGACCAAGCCACAGAUCAUCCAGGCUUUAGCAUCCCUGGAGCGGUUAGAUCCCGACCAUCGCCCCCCGUACUGCAACGACACCCACGCCGCCAACCCCACAACCAACACUACCCCUACCACAGCCUCCGCCCCAGCCCCCUCCUCCUCAUCCUCCUCCUCUUCCUCCCUCUCCUUGGCCUCCGUCACCACGCAGACACCCGGGCUGGAUGGUGCCUCCCUGUCGCCUAGCAACAGCUACGAAACCUCGCCCCCGCCGCUGUACCCCCCGGCAGUCGGAGUUCAGAGGUCAUUCAGCUAUGACAUCAUGGCGGAGGAGGACUGGGACCUGGAGGAGAAGGUAGAGGAGUACAUGAGGAGGGACAGUAACCUGGUGAAGGAGGAGAUUAAAACCUUCCUCAACAACCGCAGGAUCUCCCAGGCCAUCGUGGGACAGGUGACAGGUAUCAGUCAGAGUUACAUCUCCCAGUGGUUGCUGCAGCAGGGCUUGGAGAUGAGCGACUCAAAACGCAGAUCUUUCUACCGCUGGUACCUGCUAGAGAAAAACAACCCAGGGCUGAGGUGGAGUGAAAGCCAGCAUGGCCCGGCGGGUCUGGGCCUGGGGCUCAGUGGUCUCGGCCAGGGGCUGGGCCAGAACCUGGGCUCUGGACCCAGGGCAGCCAGGGGAGGGGACAGAGACGUCACGGGGACGGGCAACGCCGCCACGGGCACUACAGCCGCGACCGCCUCCACCACCUGGGGCAGACAGAGAGAGCUGCUGAUGCACCUGCUGCCAUGGUACACUGCAGCCUCCUCACAGCCAGGUGCUACCCUGUCGAUGCGCUCCCUGGUGAAGGAGGAGCCUGAUUGGAGGACGGGGGUCAGCCCCGGGGAGAGGGGCGGGAUGGUUGGCGGUCCUCUGAGGCUGCGGAGGGGAAGCAGGUUCACCUGGAGGAAGGAGUGCCAGUCAAUCAUGGAGAGUUUCUUCAUGGAGAACCAGUACCCUGACGAGGCAAAGAGAGAGGAGAUCGCUAACGCCUGCAACUCAGUCAUCCAGAAACCCGGAGGCAAGCUGUCUGAGUUUGAGCGUGUCACGGCUCUGAAGGUGUACAAUUGGUUCGCCAACCGCCGGAAGGAGAUGAAGAGGCGGGCUAAUAUAGAGGCGGCCAUCUUGGAGAGUCAUGGUAUCGAGGUUCGCAGCCCAAGCUGUCACUCCAACGGGGAGGAGCUGGAGCCACAUGACUACGCAGAGCAAGUGAAUCAACGAUUCUCAGAGCAGGAAGAGAUUUCAUCCAGGAAGGACCUUGAUCAACAAGACCCCUCCUCAUUGGCUGCCGUCAAUGUCCUUCCCCCUCCUAGCCCCGCCCCUCAGGUCCUGGAACACAAAGCUGACGAAUCGAAAAGGGAGACUGUGGAUGAGGAGUGACCUAUGGGUGAAGAACGUCACUAAAGUGUGGAUUUUUACAUAUAUAAGGGAUUUUUUUUAAAGAAAAGAAAAAUGACUGCUCUGAGUGUCUGUCCUCCUAGAGGUCUUCAGGGGUUAUGACUGCUCUGAGUGUUUGUCCUCCCAGAGGUCUUCAGGGGUUAUGACUGCUCUGAGUGUCUGUCCUCCUAGAGGUCUUCAGGGGCUAUGACUGCUCUGAGUGUCUGUCCUCCCAGAGGUCUUCAGGGGUUAUGACUGCUCUGAGUGUUUGUCCUCCUAGAGGUCUUCAGGGGCUAUGACUGCUCUGAGUGUUUGUCCUCCUAGAGGUCUUCAGGGGUUAUGACUGCUCUGAGUGUUUGUCCUCCUAGAGGUCUUCAGGGGCUAUGACUGCUCUGAGUGUCUGUCCUCCCAGAGGUCUUCAGGGGUUAUGACUGCUCUGAGUGUUUGUCCUCCUAGAGGUCUUCAGGGGCUAUGACUGCUCUGAGUGUUUGUCCUCCUAGAGGUCUUCAGGGGCUAUGACUGCUCUGAGCGUCUGUCCUCCCAGAGGUCUUCAGGGGUUAUGACUGCUCUGAGCGUCUGUCGUCCUAGAGGUCUUCAGGGGUUAUGACUGCUCUGAGUGUUUGUCCUCCUAGAGGUCUUCAGGGGUUAUGACUGCUCUGAGUGUCUGUCCUCCCAGAGGUCUUCAGGGGUUAUGACUGCUCUGAGCGUCUGUCGUCCUAGAGGUCUUCAGGGGUUAUGACUGCUCUGAGUGUUUGUCCUCCUAGAGGUCUUCAGGGGUUAUGACUGCUCUGAGUGUCUGUCCUCCCAGAGGUCUUCAGGGGUUAUGACUGCUCUGAGCGUCUGUCGUCCUAGAGGUCUUCAGGGGUUAUGACUGCUCUGAGUGUUUGUCCUCCUAGAGGUCUUCAGGGGUUAUGACUGCUCUGAGUGUCUGUCCUCCUAGAGGUCUUCAGGGGUUAUGACUGCUCUGAGUGUUUGUCCUCCUAGAGGUCUUCAGGGGCUAUGACUGCUCUGAGUGUUUGUCCUCCUGGAGGUCUUCAGGAGUUAUGACUGCUCUGAGUGUCUGUCCUCCUAGAGGUCUUCAGGGGCUAUGACUGCUCUGAGCGUCUGUCCUCCCAGAGGUCUUCCGGGGUUAUGACUGCUCUGAGUGUUUGUCCUCCUAGAGGUCUUCAGGGGUUAUGACUGCUCUGAGUGUCUGUCCUCCCAGAGGUCUUCAGGGGCUAUGACUGCUCUGAGUGUCUGUCCUCCUAGAGGUCUUCAGGGGUUAUGACUGCUCUGAGUCUGUCCUCCUAGAGGUCUUCAGGGGCUAUGACUGCUCUGAGUGUCUGUCCUCCUAGAGGUCUUCAGGGGUUAUGACUGCUCUGAGUGUUUGUCCUCCUAGAGGUCUUCAGGGGUUAUGACUGCUCUGAGUGUCUGUCCUCCUAGAGGUCUUCAGGGGUUAUGACAGUCAGAGUUAAUAGUGGAAAGGGUGCUACAGGUCGCUCUGGUGCCUCUAGUGGUAGGGAGGCCACUGUAUGUAUACAGUAAUCAUGCUUUAUAGUAAUGGCAAUAUUUAUCUCUCUCUCUCUAUAUAUAUAUAUAUAUAUAUGUAUAUAUAUAUAGUGCAUUCCAAGACUGUCUUAAACGGAAAAAAACCAACUCCUUCGAAGGAAGAGGGUUGUACCGGUAAGCGGAUCUAUCGUCCCUUCUAUAAGCUAAAAGCCUUUCUUUAAAAAAUGUAUUUGCGAUUUUUCUUUUUAAAAGGUAUUGACGAGUGGUUGUGUAAAAUGGAACUGGAGCUAAGUGGAGGGAGUAAGGAACGUUUUCAACCUGCAGGUCAGGUGUGUUUGAUGAUAAGGUGAGUCCGGUGUGUUUGGUUGAAGCAAGCGAAGCUGAGUUUGGUUGAUCUUUUGUUGUGACGAUAGUGUUUUAAGUUAAUAUCAGCAUGAUAAUAUCCGCCUUCUCUGCUCGCUUGAAUGUCAGACCUGAUCUUAGUAACCUUUGUUAGACUUUGGGCUCAAUCUGUCGAUCCGUCAAGUGAUCGAUCAAGGAGUCUGGUCAGUGUUAAGAGUCCAACCCUGAGGGACAAACGGAAUCUCAGGUAAACCCAAACAUGGUGGAUGAGGCUGAUGAAUCGUCCAAUAUUUCUCUGUAGUAAAGUUCAAAGGAAUGUUUCAUAUCAUAUAAUAAUAUUGACUGUUUUCUGCCAAAACAUGAACACCCAGUGAGCAAAAAUGGGUUGAAAGGACGUCUUUUUUUAACUUGUUUUCCUCGCUGCAUUUACUAUGUAUUAUGUACAGUUGAAGUGGGAAGUUUACAUACGCCUUUAGCCAAAUACAUUUAAACUCUGUUUUUUUUUUUACAAUUCCUGACAUUUAAUCCUAAUAAAAAUUCCCUGUUUUAGGUCAGUUAGGAUCACCACUUUAUUUUAAGAAUGUGAAAUGUCAGAAUAAUAGUAGAGAGAAUGAUUUAUUUCAUCACAUUCCCAGUGGGUCAGAAGUUUACAUAUACUCAAUUAGUAUUUGGUAGCAUUGCCUUUAAAUUGUUUAACUUGGGUCAAACGUUUUGGGUAGCCUUCCACAAGGUUCCCACAAUAAGUUGGGUGAAUUUUGGCCCAUUCCUCCUGACAGAGCUGGUGUAACUGAGUCAGGUUUGUAGGCCUCCUUGCUCGCACAUGCUUUUUUAGUUCUGCCCACACAUUUUCUAUAGGAUUGAGGUCAGGGCUUUGUGAUGGCCACUCCAAUACCUUGACUUUGUUGUCCUUAAGCCAUUUUGCCACAACUUUGGAAGAAUGCUUGGGGUCAAUGUCCAUUUGGAAGACCCAUUUGCGACCAAGCUUUAACUUCCUGACUGAUGUCUUGUGGAUAUAUUGAAGCAACAUCUCAUUUUCUUUCCACAUGAUGCCAUCUAUUUUGUGAAGUGCACCAGUCCCUCCUGCAGCAAAGCUCCCCCACAACAUGAUACUGCCACCCCCGUGCUUCACGGUUGGGAUGGUGUUCUUCGGCAUGUAUGCCUCCCAUGCAAGCCUCCCUCAUUUUACUGUGGAUAUAGAUACUUUUGUACCUGUUUCCUCCAGCAUCUUCACAAGGUCCUUUGCUGUUGUUCUGGGCUUGAUUUGCACUUUUCUCACCAAAGUACAUUCAUCUCUAGGAGACAGAAAGCGUCUCCUUCCUGAGCGGUAUGACGGCUACGUGGUCCCAUGGUGUUUAUACUUGUGUACUAUUGUUUGUACAGAUGAAAGUGGUACCUUCAGGCAUUUGGAAAUUGCUCCCAAGAAUGAACCAGACUUGUGGAGGUCUACAAUUGUUUUUCGGAGGUCUUGGCUGAUUUCAUUUGAUUUUCCCAUGAUGUCAAGCAAAAGCACUGAGUUUGAAGGUAGGCCUUGAAAUACAUCCACAGGUACACCUCCAAUUGACUCAAAUGAUGUCAAUCAUCCUAUCAGAAGCUUAUAAAGCCAUGACAUCAUUUUCUGGAAUUUUCCAAGCUGUUUAAAGCUGUCAACUUAGUGCAUGUAAACUUCUGACCCACUGGAAUUGUGAAUACAGUGAAUUUUAAGUGAAAUAAUCUGUCUGUAAACAGUUGUUUGAAAGAUUACUUGUGUCAUGCACAAAGUAGAUGUCCUAACCGACUUGCCAAAACUAGUUUGUUAACAAGAAAUGUGUGGAGUGGUUGAAAAAAACGAGUUAAUGACUCCAACCUAAGUGGAUGUAAACUUCCGACUUCAACUGUAGGUCUUAUUUUUAAUGUCAGUAAGCCAAGGUAGCCCAGGGUUCCCUUCUAUAUACUUCCGUCUACUCGUCUUUCUUUGUCAAUGAAUGUCUCUAUUAAUCAAAGGAACAUUAUGUAUUAGUAACUAAUUAUAAUUAGUUAAUUAUGUCCCUUUUUUUUCCUCUCUGUUCAACAUACAUUAACCACUCAAGUCUACUAUUCUCUGAAAACCCAGAUAAGCUAGUCUGUAGUCUACAGGUUUGAUUUCAAAAAAAAAAAAAGUGUUCUUGGCGACAAUGUGUUUGUUAAUCAUGACUUGUAAUGUCUGCUGUGCUAUAAGUACCUCUGCUCAUUGUAGUAUAAGCUACUCUUUACAUACAUACUCUUUACAUGUGGUGUGUAUGACUGAAAGCUGCACUUCCUGGUCACUUCCUUUUAUUUCACGUAUUUUCCAAGAAGUGGAACAACUAUAGUAAUGUGCUUUCGAGUUCAUUUUCUGUCAAUUCUUUGCUCUUGGUCGAGAGCUUGGUUUUUUUUUUCGGGGGGGG